CUUGAUGAGAUGUGAGACAAGGUAUGAGAACGAAAUAGUUAUGAAAAAACGGAGACAAAUGUGCUAGCCGACACGAGGAGCGCACUCGCGGCACUUGUAAGUUGCUAUUGAAUGAUGGGGUCGGUGCGCGGCGCGCGUCCGCCCUCCCACACCGCCUACUACGUGGCGCUGGCCGGCGUGCUCACCUUACUGCUGUUGCUGUGCUGCUACUUUAUAUAUUUCUGCAUUCGUAGAGUUAAAGAGUUGGCGCAGCAGCCGCUCCCGGAGCCGGUAAAAUCGGUGCGACCACCGCCACCCCUGCCGAAGCCUGUCGCUUAUCCAGUGCAGCCAGGUGUUCGAGAGAGCGCCACGGCGAUGGCGCGCUUGUGCCAGCUGCCGCCCGCGCACACGGACACCGUGUUCCCGCGCGCCGGCUCGCUGCCCGCGCCGCGCCUCGUGCCGCGGGGCGCCCAGUGAGCGCGACCCGCGCGCCGGACGCCGUCAGUGUUGUAAUUUAGAUAGAACUUAAUGUCAUUUUUAUAAAAAGAAGAAUUAUUUAAAGCGAAGACUUUAAGUU